AUGAAGACAUCCUCGCCCUACACCGCAAGAGUGCACCAGCCUUUUCCUCGCUUGUCCGUAGGUCAUUCACGAGAAUUAUUACCAAGUGACGCAGGAACCAGGGCAGAAAGUAGUCUUGUCAAUGGGAUAGAAGAUGACGCCUGUUGCAGAGAGGAAAUGUCACUUGAGCCGGAUCGCGAAUCCUCAUGCGCCUCCGAUAAAUUAAUUGAGCAUGAGCCGGAAAAAAAAGGAACCAACGAGAUGUUGUCCUCCGAGUUGCCGAAACCAAUUACUGAAGGUGGAAGGACUGGAAAACAACGGGACGCUAGUGCCAUUCGAUGGGCUCCCAUAAAUAUCCCUCUGCGACGACGGUUACAGACGUUGGUGGUACUCUUUCAUACUCUCUGCAUGGCACUCAGUGUAUCGUUAUUUUUCUUCCUCUUCGCCAUACCUAUUUUUUGGCCGUUGUUGGUACCGUACAUGCUCUAUUGCAUGUACUCGACAUCUUCCACAUCCGGAGACUUGAGCCACAGAUCGCCUUUUCUCCGAUCAUUAUCGGUAUGGGACUUAUUUGCAACAUACUUUCCCGCACGACUACAUCGUAGCCAAAACCUCAUAGCGACACGAAAAUAUAUAUUUGGUUACCAUCCACAUGGCAUCAUCUCAAUGGGGGCUUUCGCAGCUUUCUGUACUGAGUCUCUUGGUUUUGCAACCCUUUUUCCUGGAAUCGAAAACACACUUCUCACCUUAGAUUCAAAUUUCAGAAUCCCCAUCUACCGAGAUUACGCUUUGGCAAUGGGAUUGGCAUCAGUUUCAAAAGAAUCCUGCGAAAACUUACUCUCAAAAGGGGGAAUAAAUAACGAAGGCAUGGGUCGAGCAAUCACUAUAGUAAUUGGUGGAGCGCGUGAAUCCUUGAAUGCUCAGCCGGGUACGUUACGAUUAGUCCUCAAACGACGUAAAGGCUUUGUCAAGAUGGCCUUCCGAACGGGAGCCGAUCUUGUACCUGUACUUGGGUUCGGUGAGAAUGACCUCUAUGAUCAGGUCCAGCCUGAUGAGUAUCCUAAUAUCUAUCGCCUGCAAUUGCUAGUGAAAAAAUUACUUGGAUUCACCAUUCCUCUGUUUCAUGCCCGGGGGAUUUUCAAUUACGAUAUGGGCCUAAUGCCUUAUCGUCGGCCCAUGAAUAUUGUUGUAGGCCGACCGAUCUUGGUAGAACAGAAUCAUGACCCUGGACAAGAGCAAAUUGAUCAUGUCCAUGAACAAUACGUUCAAGAGCUAGAGCGCAUAUGGAACAUGUGGAAAAAUGAAUAUGCGCCUUACCGUAAAGAGGAGUUGGUUUUCGUACGUUAA